CGCGAGAUUUCACUUAAAAAUAACGCGGGACCAUAUGAGAAUUGAGUCCGUUGAAACAGAAAACACAAGGCAAGGAUCAGAGCACAAAUGACGUUCGGGUGAAAGCUGAGAUAAACGACACUAAUUUCAGCUCAGCACCGCUUGUUUGGACAGCGUCGUUGUGGAAAAAGUCAUUUGUUUGACAUUUUUGACGUUUAACUGCCCGCAAUUGUCUGCUAGCUGAGUUCAGCUAACCAGCUGACUUUGCUCCUCGGUGGCUAAAUGGAUCCCACGGAGGAUUUGUCCGCUCGGGUCCUGCUGAAACAUAUUCUCACCACCGAGCCACCCAGGACCCCUGUCACACGCAGUAAUUCACAGGAGCCGAGUAGCAGCGGGACCCGGCGGAGUAGCAGGCUCAGCAAGAAAGAUGCUGGUCCCCAAACCCCGCAGGAGAUCCUUAGGCGGAGCAUGAGACAUAAGCUCCAUGAGAGCAUAACCAGAAAAUCCCUCCCCGCCACUAAAAGGAGGACUGCCUCAGUUGUGUUAAAAAAGGCAAACAUGCCUGCCACAUCUUCAGUACUGAUUAAUGACGGAGACACUCCCAGACACAUACUCAUAAACAUCCUGCGGACAGAGCCGGUGAAAUCCCCCGUGGUUCAUGAGACAGAAACAUCUGAAGAGCCGGAGCCACCUUCAGCCAAUUCGACCAUCUCCAAAACGCAUCACAGUAUGGAGCUGUCAGGGCUGGACCUGCCUGAUGUAACAGUUGGCCCAGCAGCCAGCACUGCAAAGGGACUGAGCCGAAAGAGACCGCGCAGGAGUUUUAACACAACGGCUUUUGAAAAACGACUUAAAGAUGGAGAUGAAGCUGAAGAGGAAACUGAACUAUCAAUAGAUGACAAUUCAUCACUGUCUGUGUUGAGCUCUGCUUCCUUGAAUUUAAAAACUCCGUUUGUUGACGCUAAGACUGAGAAAAGAGGUCUGCAGAGAAAAGUUUCAAAUCGUCGGAAAAUCUCAGAGGAAGAAUUUGGUGCUGCUGUAGAUAAACGACGGAUGGGAGGUAUGAGCAGCUUUGGACCUGUGGAGCAGGGGCUUGGUGAAUCUACUCACUCUGAGGGCUUCACCUUAGGUCUAAGCAAACUCAGCGAACCAGAUAUCACAGCCGAUAUUGUGAACUGUAACACGGCUCUCUACGCCCAGGCUGAUGCCAUGACCUCCAACUUUUCUAUCAUUGCUACUCAGGACAAACCUACAGUCGUGGCGUCUCAGCUGCAGAAGGACAUGAGGGAGAUGGAGCCAGAGGAGCAAAUGGAAGUGGAGCAGAGCAAGCUGGAAACUGACCAAUUGUGUGUGUUUCCAACUGAAGAUGAAUCUGAAAAGAAGGAAGCAAGGAGAACAGUUUACAGUAAACCUGAAGAUGUCUUGGCAAAAUCUGACGGAGAUGAAGAUGUAGUUCAAUCUCGGACCGGUGUAAGCGAGGAUGCAGCUCAGUUUGAAGACGUUGAGGAAAGAGCAGAAGUUGCUCUUAAUUCCGAGCUUGAACAGGGUGUUGAAGCAGGGUCACAGGCUGAAGAGGAAGCUGAAGCAGAUUCUAAAACUGAAGAGGAGGAGGAAGAAGAUGAGGAAGAUGUAGUUGACUCUAACACUGAUGGAGGUACAGCCGACUCGCAGAUCGAAAAGGGUGAUGACGCAGGUUCUCAGUCUGAAGACGAGAAUGUGGCUGAGGAUCAGACUGAAGAAGAGGAAGAAGACAAGAGAGGCGUAGAAGAAUCUCAAACUGGUUCCCAGUCCGAAGAGGGAGCUGAAGCAUCUACUCAGUCUGAGGAAGAGGACGUUGUACUAGACUCUCAAACCGAAAAGGAUGAAGAGGAUGGUGGCACUGAAUAUCACACUGAUGAAGUUGUAGCAGCCCUGCCUGAAGAGGAUGUUAGUGGUCAAUCUGAGAGAAAUGAGCACGUGACCAAGUCUGAGAACGAAAAUGACUUUGAGAUCUUCAGCGGUGAAAAUGAAGAGGAGGCAUCAGCUCAGCUGAAACAUGACUCAGAACACAUCAGCCGGAGGGCUUAUCGCUCUGAGGGCGGUCUCAUUGUGCCGGUUACAGAGGCAGCAGAGGAUUUCCCUAAUGCUACGUUUGCAGGAUGGCCUGAUGCCAAAUUCAAAGGACAUGGCACUCUGGAUUUGCGCACCAGCUUUGAGAUGGGAAGCCAUGAGAAUGGUCAGACUCACACCGGAGACCCUGAUGUGGCCGAAUCCUCAACCCAAGGACAGGCAGAGGCCACUGGGACAACGAAUGAGCCUGAGGCUGACAAAGAGAACUCAUUUCCUCUGUCAGAGGGAACGUAUGACAUUGAAGAUGGUAGGAGUGAAACUGUGCCUGAUGAAGCUCCAGCUGAGGAUGCUGCUGAACCAGAAGAAGAAAUGGAAGAAGAAGAAGAAGAUUAUGAUGAUGAAGAGGAUGAAGCUUCAGACUUCCCCUGCAAGACUCCAGCGUUUGUCAGACAGAAAAUUAAUUUUAAUCGUCCUGAUCCUUUAGCAUCACCUUCUGUUCUAAAGAACAAUCAGGCCAGUACCAGCGGUACAAGAGAACCUUUACCUGCAGCUAAACCUAAGCAGAGGAGAGUGAGGAAGACGAGGAUCUCUAAAAAGGAAACUAUCCUUCCUAAGAGCUACCUUAUGGGCGUCUUUAAGCAAUUUGCCAAAACAAAAGUCUCUGCAGACGUCCACCCUGUCCUAAAUGAAAUAAUGGAUAAAUUCUUUGACCGGCUAGCUGAGGACCUGGAGACGUAUGCUGCCCAUGCAAAGAGAAAAACCAUAGAGGUCGAGGACGUUGAACUUCUGCUGAAAAGGCAGGGUUAUGUGAAUGACAAGGUGCCAGUGGAAGUGCUUAUUGAAAAAUAUCUUCGCAUGGACCAGCGAAGGCUUCUAAUCCCCAUCGCAACCAGUGGAAAUGUUGUUAUCCCUGCAAAGCGGAGGUGAAUCUUUCAUCUCCUGGACUGCUACUUGUUUUUCUGUACACUGCGUUCAAACAAUGCCUUUAUUCAUUGGAGCAUAAAAGCUUCUGUAAAUGUGUAAAUUAUAUGCAUGUAUCUUUAUUUUACUGCGAGUCUCUGGACAACUGUACUUUGUUGCUGUUAGGUAUGUUUUCAUGGGUGCAAAUAUGCGUGCCAACUGUAUUCUCUACAAUAUGAAACAAAGCAGUGUCUAAACUUAUAAUAAUAAUAAAGGAAGCUGAAAUAAAGUUUCACAUAUCUGUGCUUCACACAUGUAUUAUUAAGGAAAUACUCAGACAGAAAUAUCUUAUGUUUGUGGAUCGUGAGGGGCAUUUGAAUUAUUUGUUUUUCCUUGAUAAAUUAGGAUUUCAGCCCAUCAUGCUGUGCUUUGUGCUGCUUAUUAAGAAAGUUAUGCAGAUAUACACUGCUUUUAUAAGGCUCAGAAAGACUAGAUGGCCUAAAAAUUGUGUUUUUAUGAGAGUACUUGAAAAAUGGAGAGAAUGUGAGGACAGCACCGCCUGGUCCAGAGUGAUUCAGCCUUGC